AUGAGCACCAGAGGUACUCGCGGAUGGGGUACAAGAGGAUGUGGUAGAGGUCGUAGAGGUGCUCAAGCUGGGUCUUCGUCAUUUGGAAAUCUGCCUAAUUUUAAUACUAGUGAGGCAUCGACUUCACCUAUGACUGAGACUGGGGGUGUCGCUAGGGUCACCGCUAAUGUGGCUGAGUACUGGAAAGAGGCCAUAGAGAGAAUUAUGGAUGACUUGGACUGCACCUCCGAGCAGAAAUUAAAGGGUGUUAUAUCACUACUACGUGACGAGGGGAAUAGAUCAGUGGCCGAGUAUGAGGUUGAAUUUAUGAGAUUGAGCCGCUAUGCGCGAGGUGUGGUGGUGACUGAGUACGAGAGAUGUGUUAGCUUUAAGGAUGGCCUCAGGGAUAAUUUGAGGGUUCUGAUUGCUCCACAGAGGGAGCGAGAUUUUACUGCAUUGGUUGAUAAGGCGAAGAUCACUGAGGAAGUAAAGCGCGCUGAGCCCCAGAACUGA